GCGUAUUUCGAAAUCAACUCUCAAAAAAGUUAUUGUGUAAUCAUGAGGGCGAAGAAUGUACGGUUAGUUGUAAUAGUAUGGGUGAUGGGGUGGAGUUCAUGCACAGGGAGGUUCGUUGUGGAGAAGAACAACCUCCGAGUAACUUCACCAGAGUCCAUCAGAGGAGUAUACGAAUGCGCCCUAGGAAAUUUUGGCGUCCCUCAAUACGGGGGAAGCAUGUCCGGUGCAGUGGUUUAUCCUAAAGCUAACCAGAAAGGUUGCAAGAACUUUGACGAUUUUGAGAUCUCUUUCAGAUCCAGAGUCGCUGGAUUGCCCACAUUCGUUCUCGUCGAUCGAGGAGAUUGUUACUUCACUUUAAAGGCGUGGAACGCGCAACGAGCUGGUGCCGCGACCAUCUUGGUGGCGGAUAAUAGGCCCGAGCAACUCAUUACCAUGGACGCACCAGAGGAUGAGACGUCAGAUGCAGAUUACCUACAAAAUAUCACAAUUCCUUCAGCAUUGGUGAGCAGAUCUUUAGGGAGUGCCAUCAAAACGGCCAUAGCUCAUGGAGAGCCGGUUCAUAUAAGUUUAGACUGGCGGGAGGCUCUUCCACACCCAAACGAUCGAGUAGCUUACGAGCUAUGGACUAAUAGCAAUGAUGAAUGCGGAUCCAAAUGUGAUGCACAGAUCCAGUUUCUUAAGAGAUUCAAAGGAGCUGCUCAGAUUCUUGAGAAAGGAGGCUACACUCGCUUCACUCCCCACUACAUUACAUGGUUUUGUCCUGAAGCGUUUCUGGCAAGUAGACAAUGUAAAUCACAAUGCAUCAAUGGCGGAAGAUAUUGUGCUCCCGACCCGGAGCAAGAUUUCUCUAGAGGAUACAAUGGGAAAGACGUAAUUAUUCAAAAUUUACGCCAAGCUUGCUUCUUUAGAGUGACCAAUGAAAGUGGAAAGCCUUGGCUUUGGUGGGAUUAUGUCACCGACUUCGCCAUUCGUUGUCCCAUGAAAGAGGAGAAAUACAACAAGAAAUGUGCUGAUCAAGUCAUUCAAUCUCUUGGAGUUGAUGUGAAGAAAAUUGACAAAUGCAUCGGAGACAUUGAAGCAAAUGCCGAAAAUCCCGUUCUUAAAGAAGAACAAGAUGCACAAGUUGGAAAAGGUCCGCGAGGAGAUGUGACGAUACUACCAACUAUUGUGAUAAAUAAUAGACAAUAUAGAGGGAAGUUGCAGAGAUCGGCCGUGCUUAAGGCUCUUUGCUCAGGGUUUCGUGAGACGACUGAGCCACCAAUUUGUUUAACCGAAGACAUAGAAACCAAUGAGUGUUUACAAAACAAUGGAGGGUGUUGGGAGGAUAAGACAACCAACAUUACAGCUUGCAGGGACACUUUCAGAGGAAGAGUAUGUCAAUGUCCUAUCGUUCAAGGUGUCAAGUUUCUAGGUGACGGUUAUACACAUUGUGAAGCUUCGGGUGCAUUACGUUGUGGUAUAAACAAUGGAGGAUGUUGGAAACAAACUCAAAUGGGAAAAACAUAUUCCGCUUGCCGUGAUGAUCAUUCGAAAGGCUGCAAAUGUCCUCCCGGAUUCAAAGGAGAUGGACUCAAAGACUGUCAAGAUGUGAAUGAGUGUGAGGAGAAAACCGCGUGUCAAUGCCGCGAUUGCAAAUGCAAGAACACAUGGGGAAGCUAUGAAUGUAGUUGCAGUGGAAACUUACUUUACAUCAGAGAACACGACAUUUGCAUAAAAGGAGUUCUGGAAGUAGCCAUGGAUGUGGUAGGUGAAAGCUCUUCGACUCAAAAUGAGGUAGGAGAGAAGCCUGUGAUUGUUAGAGUUAAGCGAAAAGUUGGACAGUCUCUGCUCGAUGCUUUCUGGUUGGAGAUAAAUGAAAGACCACUCAAACGACCGACUCUGGAUUUAUCUAAGCUAUCUAUUUCAGAUUCAGGUCCUUCUGUGGCAGAGGAGGCGAAACCGAAGAAGGUGCUAGUGCGGCAUUUGGAGACAGUCACGGACUCUGAAACCACCGCUGACAUUAUCCACUCUCUCUUUGAGUCUGAUCUUAAUGAGAAAAGUUGCAGCAAAGGAAAGUCUGAGGAGCGGAAAUUUGCUUUCAAGAAAGACAAUAGAAAGGAACAGCGCCUGACCAAAUCUGUACAACAGCAACAGAUUGCUGCAAAGAAUGCUAGGUUUGAGCAAAUAUGGCGGAGUAGAAAGGGAAACAAGGAAGGCAUCCAUGAUAGGUGUCAUUUCUUUGACGUUAUUCGUGUUGAUGCUGAAGAAAGACAAGACAAUGAACAAGAGUUUACAUCCUUGGAGGACCAGAAAAUGCUCGCUAGUUUCUUGCCUCUCCUUAGAGAAUGUAUUCCAACAGCAGCUGAAGAGAUUGAAGCUGAUAUACAAUCUAGUCACAAUGAAGAAUACGUUUAUGAUUAUUAUGCUGUGAACGAAGAGAUGGAUAUCAGCGAAGAUAGUACCAAGAAUCAGUUUCCUCUUGUCAUAGUAGAGGAUGAAGAAGAAUUCUGUGAUGGAUCUGAUGAAUCAGACUUUGACUCUGAAGAUUCAAACGCUGAAGAUCAUCCAAAGACCGAUUACCCAGAAGAGAUCUCUGAAGACGAGGAGGAAGAAGAAGAAGAAGAAGAUGAUGAUGAUGAAACAGAAAAAGAAAAGAGUGAAGCCUCUGAUGAAUCAGACGACGAGGAGACUUCACAAAGACAUGUGAGAAGGGUCCUUGGAGAUGACGAGUUUGAUGAUUACGAAGAGGAUGCGAAUGAUUAUAGGGAGAGCGACGACGAGGAGUUUGAGUCUACUAAAUGGUCUUACCGGUGAAUUUUGUGUAGCAAAUGAAGAUUAUGUUUGAGAGACACUGAAGACCGUUAGUGUAAAGUCUGUGAAUCAAAAUUACCGAUAAAC